AACCAAACAUUGGGGUGUGGCGUGGACGGGGGCUCCCCGGACAUCUUUCAAGGCAGCCCUCCAGGGGCAGAAGCUUCCAAUUUCUCCAUGGGCGCCGAUGAAGCCCUCCUGACCCUGGGAAAAGAGCCACGGGGAGCCAACGACACAAGAAGCCAAGAAACUACUGCCCGUAUCCGACGUUCAAUAGCAACGUGCCCGCCUGUCAGCUGCUGUGAUGCCAACCACGGCCAACCUAUCAGCCAACGACAAACGACCACCAAGGCAACUGAAUACCACCCCCAGAACCUGCCAUUUCCUCAGCACUCUUGGGUAAUUUUUCUUGACGCGCGUACGUCCUUUGUCUCGUGCGAGAAAGAAAGCAAGAAGAAGAAGAAUGAAUUCUCGCCCAGCAUCAAUCCAGCUUUGUCAUGCUCCGGCCUCCCACUCCGAGGCUCCAUCCUCGCAGCGAAUACCACUGUUCACGUCGUUCCAGCCUGCGUUGAUACCGUCAAGGAUCCUGCGGUGUUGAGGCUCGAUUUGUCGAGUCACAAUCAAAAAUUUUCCCUCUAGAGAUAAGCCGGGUUGGGUCUGGAGGCUAGCGCCAGUUCACCACUUUUCGGUCUAAUCUGGGCAAGGGUUGUGAACGAAGAAUCCUAUCGUCUGGUAAUGCUGAAGAUCGUUGCUGAGAGAUGAAGGUAGGUAGCAGAAGAGGGUGGGGAGUCUCGGAAACCCAAAUCAUGGAAGUCAAAUGGAAGACGGUAGACUGUGGAGGGAUGAGACCAAGGGAAUCAUCUUCAAGGAAUCGAUGCCAAAUCUUCAGA